AUGGCGAUCUCCUUCCUCCUCCUCGUCGCCCUCGCCCUCCUCUUCUCCGCCACCUCCUCAGCCGCCUCCGCCUACGCCCUUCCUCCUUUCAACCAGUCGCCUUCUCCUCCGCCGCCGCCGCCGCAAUCGGCGGAGGAGGCUCACGAGGUGCUCCUCCUCGCCCCGAUCCUCUCCAACCUAGGGUUCCAGGAGCUCGCCAUGGCCGUCCCCGCCCUCUCCUCCCCGGUCCUCUCCACCUGGUCAGGUCCCCUCACCCUCUUCGCCCCCUCCGACGACUCCCUCCGCUCCUGCCCCUCCUGCUCCCCCCUCCGCCUCCUCCGCGACCACCUCGUCCCGGGCCUCUUCCCCCUCCCCUCCCUCUCCGCCCUCCCCUUCGCCUCCAAGCUCGCCACCGCCUCCCCAGGCCGCUGCCUCACCGUCACCUCCACCGCUCCCCACCGCCGCUCCGGCGACAACUCCUCCUCAUCCGCCGCCUCCGCCCUCAAGAUCUUCAUCGACGGCGUUGAAAUCGCGCGCCCGGAGCUCUUCAACGACGGGCGAUUCGUGAUCCACGGCCUCCUGGGCUUCGUCGCCCCGCUCUCCCCCUUCUCCUGCGUCCAGGAGCCCCGCGGCGAGAGCAACCCCGCCUCCGCCGACCCGAUCCGCGCCGGAUCCGGCGCCGCCGCCGCCGUCGUCCGCCUCAUGCUCCGCGACGCCAUCGUCCGCCUCCGCGAGGGCGGGUACAGCGUCCUCGCCCUCGCCAUGCGCGUCAAAAACGCCGAGCUCUCCGCUCUCAGCAACAUGACGGUGUUCGCCCUCGACGACCGCGCUAUCUUCGCCGGGGGCCACGCGUACGUCACCGAGGUGCGCUUCCACGUCGUCCCCGAUCGCCUCCUCACCCACGCCGAUCUCCUCCGCCUCCCUCCCGGGACCCUCCUCCCCACACUCGUCAGGGGCCAGCACCUCGUCGUCACCCACGCAUCCGCCGCAUCCCCCGGAUCGCCAUCGGGGCCCGCGCGAUCGGAUCUGCGGAUCAACUACGUCCCGAUCAAGGUGCCCGACGCGGUGAUCAACUCCCGGGUCGCGAUCCACGGCGUGCUCGCGCCGUUCCCGCACCUCCACCUCGCCGACCUCGCCGCCGCGGAGGAGGGCGCCCGAGAGGCCGCGGCGUCGGCGGCCCCGGCGAGGAGGAGCGGCCUCUGCGGCGCGUCGUCGCCGUUCGGCGAGUGCGCCGCCGCCGCAGCAGCAGGGGCCCCCGCCACGCCGCCCUCCGCAUCCUUCGCCGUCGAUUUCAUGGACGACGGCCUCUGA